AGGGCUCCCCAGUACCUCUACACACUCAGAGCAUCUUACUGACAGGUCACCAUGGUGGAUCACUUCAUUGGCACUUGGAAGCUGUGUGACAGCCAGGGCUUCGAUGAGUACAUGCAGAGCUUAGGGGUUGGCUUUGCCACUAGGAAAGCCGGUGCUAUGGCAAAGCCCAAUGUAAUUAUAACAAAGAAUGGUGAUGAGAUCUGCCUAAAGACCGAAAGCACCUUAAAAACGACUGAGAUGAAAUUCAGACUGGGGGAAGAAUUUGAUGAGACCACAGCAGAUAACAGGAGAACAAAGACACUUAUCACUUGUGCUGAUGGAGUACUAACUCAGGUGCAGAAAUGGGAUGGCAAAGAGACUACAAUCCGAAGGGAGCUGAAAGAUGGACAAAUGGUGGUGACCUGCACCAUAGGAGAUGUGAAGUGUGUCAGACUGUACGACAAGGUGAAGGCAUAACAUUCGGUCUCCAAACCAGAUUGAAGCUACAGAAGAACAGCUCAGUUCAAUGAGCCAUGCUCAACUAUUCUAAUGCCAGCUUCAAAUCCACUUUAUUAAUCUGAUUUAAUAUGUGAAAAUUUUAUACUGAAGCAAUGGUCAUCCAUCUAAAUUGCUGUGAAUCUGAAAUAAAACUUUCACCCCCCAA